ACACACACACACACACACACACACACACACACACACACACACACACACACACACAAAACUAUUCAUUCACAGAGGAGCCGGCUGUGGCUAUUUUUAGGAGGAGGAGGCGACAGGCAGCACUUGCAAAUAUUCCCAUAGCGCGUCGCUCCACCUUGAAUUAACGCAGGAUGUCAGCGUAAAGCCGUGCGUAAAGGAGCUGCGUGCGGCGCCGCGGAAAAGAGACGUUUUCCAGCCAGUUUGAGCUCAUUUUCUGGAGGAAAUUUUCCGCUCUGAUCGCCGCAAACGACGCACCGGGGCUCCUGAUUCACCUGCACAGACCUUCAGUGGAUCAGAUCGGACGCGUUACUGUCGCCUUUGAGGAUUCAAAAGAAGGAUUGUGUCUUUCAUUAGCUUUAUUUUUAUUAUUAUAACAGUUUUUUUUUUUUUUAAUUGUGUGUGGAGCCGGGACACAGAGCGAGCUGUCUCCCAUCAGGUGAAGAGCACAGAGAGAGAGAGAGAGAGAGAGAGAGAGAGCAUCAGACCCAGCAGAGAUGGCGAAAGCAGACCAGCGUUUUGGCCAGCGGGAUGGCUCCGACCAGAACUUUGACUACAUGUUCAAGCUGCUGAUCAUCGGGAACAGCAGCGUCGGGAAGACCUCCUUCCUGUUCCGCUAUGCCGACGACUCCUUCAGCAACUCCUUCGUCAGCACGGUGGGCAUCGACUUCAAGGUGAAGACCGUGUACCGCAACGACAAGAGGAUCAAACUGCAGAUCUGGGACACCGCGGGGCAGGAGCGUUACCGCACCAUCACCACCGCCUACUACCGCGGCGCCAUGGGCUUCAUCCUCAUGUACGACAUCACCAACGAGGAGUCCUACAACGCCGUCCAGGACUGGGCCACUCAGAUUAAGACGUACUCGUGGGACAACGCCCAGGUGAUCAUGGUGGGCAACAAGUGCGACAUGGACGAGGAGCGAGUCGUUCCUCCGGAGAAAGGGAAGCAUCUCGCCGACCAGUUAGGCUUCGAGUACUACGAGGCGAGCGCCAAGGAGAACAUCAACGUGCGGCAGGUGUUCGAGCGCCUGGUGGACAUCAUCUGUGUGAAGAUGUCGGAGCGCGUGGACGUGGAGGCACCGGUGGCUCCCGGCACCAAGACCACCAGACUGACCGACAAGCCCGCCCAGCUACCUCAGAAGUGCUGCUGAUCGCCCGCCGCUGCCGUCCACUCGUCUGCUCCGAGAAACCCUCAAGAAAAAGAAAAAAAACAGAAAAAAAUAUCGUAACAUUCCUCAACACACCGUCUCUGCUUUGGUCCAUGUGCGUGAGCGGUCAAUAAUUACUGCGAUUUUAACACUUUCAUGACCUCCCCCAUCCCAAAGUAUCCAAGAUUUGCCCUUACGCAUAUGAAGAAGCAGCAGUGGCAGCGUACUCCGGACAAAAUUUAAUUUGAGGUGUUGACAGAGGUUGUAGACCCAUUACUGGGUUCAUCACUUUUAGAACGUUAAACAAAAGCAGCACAGAAGAGUUAAUCAGAAAUCAUUGUUGUCCUGGUAACAGAUCAAAACCUCCAGAGAAAAGACAGGAAGUUUU